UCUUUAGUCUCUUUAGUGAUCAGUCUCACUUGUGUCACCUGCUAGCCUGGCUAUAUAUAUAACUAUUUUUUUUUCUUUUUGGUUAGACUGACAUUGGAAGGUGUGCAAAGUAUUCUGUCCUCCCCAUGGUUGGGACACAACCUUAAGCUCAGAGGUCAAGCCUGGGGCUGUGUCUCCAUCGCUGACGUUCUUCUCCUGGUGGAUAUGAAAUACGAUGUUGUGAAUCGACUGCUUUUCGUGGAAAUGCUUCAGGAGCAUUACACUCAGAGCUUGUGGGAAACCAUGCAGCCCUGGCAACAGCACAAAGAAAAGGAGGAACUUGAGGAUCAUGCUGUGGAAGCUUUAGAAGCAGGAGACAUGCUCCACCUGGCUACGUUGCCAGGGGCAUUUAGAAUGUACAGGGUCAAUCUGGGAGCUGAAUUCAGAGAAGAGUCAUGGUCUGCGGUGUCAUUACUCUGUGACAUUUACAUAUAUCGAGAACAAGAAAGGGACGAGCUUACUGGCCUGGGAGAGUGGCUCGACAGGGAAAGUCUGAAGGUACUUUGCCUUUACGUCAUGGUGGCGAUGCUUAAGGUUUGCAGAGAAAAAGUGUCUUACAGUGCUCUUUUGGCAGCAAGGCAGUCCUGGAAGGCAUGGCCACAGGUGAGUAGCCCAGGUCGAGAAGAACAGGCGUCUUUGUGGCUAUGUGGUGAAGAUGAGCAUAGCGAAAACCUGAUGUCAGCGUCUCCACAGCAGGCGGAGCUGCAGCUGCUUGCCUUGACUCAAGAUCUGGAGAAAAGGCAACUGGUCAAACUAUUGCAUGAGAUCUCAUUGGAUAAUCUGGAGGAGAAUCAGCAGCUGACUGCUUUAAGAAAUGUAUGUACCGAAAGGCUGAGACAAAUCCAGAGCGGCCAGCAGAGAGGCACUGAGUAUGGGACGCUCGCGGAGAACGCUAAUGCCGAGGCUAAACUACACCCUCGGCCACAAAUACCCACCGGCGUGUGCCGAGAAGGAGUACUGCGGCCCCAAUACGCCCUGCGGGAGUGCGCCAUGCUCCUUUUGACUCAGUUGCAGCAAAUCCAUGAUGUCAAAGCUGUUGCGUUACUGCAACAGCUAACGCAUAAGAACAAGAAGCGUUUCCAGAAUACGCAGAGUGAGAAUGAAUCCAAACUUCUGAUGGAGGUCAAAACCGACUUGCUCCAAGUCCUGAGCACAGGACACCACCUUACUUCAGACCUAAUGUCCUCCGGCAAUGGCACAGACCAGAUCCAGGGCUCAGGUUCUGGGCCGGCUUUUAGUUUAUCAGUUGCAUCAGACCAAAAGACAGAUGGAGAAAUAAAUGUCCAGGCGUCCGCUGAUGAGACCGCCAAACUACAGGUCCGCAAAGAUUGUGGCUCUGACAUGGAGGAAAUGCCAUAUUUGGAGAUUCUGUGUGUUCCAGAUUCAACAAGUGAAAGACACCGGAGUUCCACCAUAGAAGAGCACGGGACCCGGAAAGAGUCCGAAGACAAUUCGGCAGGUCUCCAAACAUAUGAGAAACAGGGCUCUUUGAUAACAUUUGCUUGGAGCAAACAGCCAUACGAAGAUGAGGCCAACGAAACCGAAGAAACUGUAGUAGUAAUAGAGCAGAGUCGGGAUAGGGAGAGCGGAGUGGAGACGCUUCAACAAAAAGACAAAUCUGAAGAAGUUUGUGAUGAGCGUUUUAACGUCGGUCCGGAAAGGUGUGUGCCCACAGGUCCUCUUGAAGCAGACGAACAGGUUCUUAAAGAGCGAGCAAUGGAACCCAUAUCGGCAAUGGUGAGGGAGAAGACGAUACAAAACCUGGUGGACAUACAAAGGAAGGUUGAACAGAAACAGCAGCGGGAGAAGGAGCGACAGCUGCUCAGGGUUCAGGAACGCCUGUCAAUAAUCCAGAGCAGGAAGACAGAGGAAGACCUACUGGGUGUAAAGGUCACCGACCUGCUACGACAACUUACACAAGACCUACCCCAGGAAGACAAGACGCAGCAGAAAACAGUCGUCAGAGAGCGAGUCGACCAGCUCAGAAGAGAAUGUUCGUAUGUCCUGCAAUCCAAACGAGAGAGAAAUACAGCAGGGUUUAAGGAGCUUCUGCGUCCUGUUGAAAGCAGUCAAGAACAAGAGGAUAAAGGAGACUGAAUGAUGCUUUAAAGGUCCUAGGUAAAAAUUCUAUUGUUAACUUGUAACUCGUACGCUCUUUCUCGUCGGAAUUUCAGACCGUACAUAAAUACCUGGUAUAUACAGUACAAAGUAUUCGAAAUUAUUUUCUGUCACUCCAUAAUACCAAAUUGAUUAAACACCACCAAGCAAAACUGUCACAUAUAUUAGUUUUUAGUUUAAGAUUAUUACACUUAUUUACAUUUUCCGUCCUUUCAUUUUCAUGGACAAGGCUUAGCAGCAGCUAAUAAGACGCUAGCACAGACAUCCAGGCUGGAUCCAGCUGCCAAACCUUUCCAAAUUAUUUAAAUGUAGUCAUUAUUAUCAUUAUA